AAGAAAUUAAAUUUAUAAUUUGUCAAUAUCUUUUCAUUUGUCAAUUGUUCUUUGCAAUAAGGUUCCUUUCGAAUCCAGCACUGUCUAUAUUGAAGUAUAAUUUCAUAAAUUGCCAAAAUGGCAAGUCGUCCUGCUGCAACUAAUAAUGCCAAUAGCACUACGCCUAGACGUGUAGAAGAGCCCACAAUUUCGUACGUUCAAGCCGAUGGAUUAGCUGUAAUGAAAAUUGUUAAACAUUGCCAUGAAGAAUCCACAACAAAUAUGGAUAUUGCACAAGGGGCGUUGUUGGGUUUAGUGGUAGAUAGCCGUCUUGAAAUAACAAAUUGUUUUCCAUUUCCUAAACAAACAGAUGAGAAUAUGGAUGAAGAUGAAUACCAAUUAGCUAUGAUGCGUAGACUAAGGAGAGUUAAUGUGGAUCACUUUCAUGUGGGAUGGUAUCAAAGUGCUGAUGUUGGCAAUUUUUUGAGUUUGCCUUUACUGGAAUCACAAUUCCACUAUCAAACCUCCAUUGAGGAAUCUGUUGUCGUAAUUUACGAUACACAAAAGUCAUCAAGGGGAUUUUUGACUCUUAAAGCUUAUCGUCUGACACCACAAGCUAUAGAAAUGUAUAAAGAAGGAGAAUCUACACCUGAAGUUCUUUUGAAAUUGAAAGUUGGCUAUGAAAAUUUGUUUGUGGAAGUACCUUUUCUAAUUAAAAAUUCCCCAUUAUCUAAUAUAAUGAUGUCAGAAUUAGCUGAAUUAGUACCGGAAGAAGAAGGUUCAAAGUUUUUGGAUCUUGGAACGGCUUCUGUACUUGAAGGACAACUCAGGUGUCUUAUGGAUAGAAUAGACGAAUUGAAUCAAGAAGCUAUCAAAUUUAACAGGUAUCAGCAGGUUGUAAGUAGACAGCAACAAGACAAACACCGCUAUAUACAAAAAAGAGCUCAAGAAAAUGCUGCAAGAAUUGCCAAAGAUGAACCACCACUGCCUGAAGAGGAUAUCAAUAAACUAUUUAGACCACCUCCGGUUCCACCAAGAUUAAACCCAAUGAUUAUUGCUGGACAAGUGAAUACUUACAGUCAAGCUAUUUCUCAGUUUUGUUCGCAAUCAUUGGCCAAACUUUACAUUACACAAGCAUUACAAAAUGCUAAAGAAGCUAACAGUAAUUUGUAAGAUAAAAGAAUGUUUUUGUAAACAAAUGAGGACAUUAAAAAUUCAUAUAAAACUUUA